ACAGUUCUCGGUCUGACGGCGCGAAGAGCAGGUCCUGUGUACGCGUGCGUUCCGUAAAACGAAACGUCACAGAAUCGUAGCAGAUCUGUCAAAUCCAAUUUCUAAAAAAUGUUCUGAUUCUAUUAUUUUUUUAUAUUAUUGUUUAACAAAUUACAUUAUUAUUGUAGUUAAAUUUGAAAGUGUUAAUACCAAAUUUAUAGUUAAAAGAUAAAAAUGGGGAUGUGUAAUUCGUAAUAUUUGUGCUGGCAAAAAUAAGCUUUUGUUUUCGUAAAACGAGGUUUUGGAUCUUCGUUUGUUUUCCCCUUGAACUUGAGGUGGACGCCGUGAUCAUAAAACGCUUAUUGCCAUCUGCAAAGUGACUAAACGUUAUAUUUUUCUGUUGUGUCCGUGGAACGGGCUGAACUAAAUCGAAGAUGUCUAAGUUGUCCCUGAACAAUGUACCUUCAAACCCUCGUAUCAACCGUUUAAGGACGUAUUCAAGGACGGAAAGUGAAACCUCAUGCGAGGAGGCAGCUCGACUGACGGCAGAAGGCGCAGGAGCCGACGCCGACGACGAUGAGGCCUUCGACUACAACGCGUUACCGCCACCCCCUGACGGGGGCUACGGCUGGGUCGUCGUGUUCGCCUCCUUCAUGUGCAACAUGAUCGUGGACGGCAUAGCCUACACGUUCGGUAUAUUCCUGCCAGAGCUGGUCACGUACUUCGGAGAGGGCAAAGGGACGGUCGCGUGGGUCGGCAGUCUGCUGUCUGGCGUUUAUCUUGCAGCCGGUCCUGUAGUAUCGGCGCUUUGCAACAAGUACGGAUGCCGAGCGGUGUGCGUGGCGGGCUCGCUGGUGGCGGCGGCGGCCUUCGUUCUAUCCACCUUCAGCAAGAGCGUCACCAUGAUGAUGAUAUCCUAUGGAUUGCUUGGAGGUAUCGGCUUCGGUAUGAUAUACUUGCCGUCAGUGGUAGCCGUGGGAUAUUACUUCGAAACGAGACGGUCACUUGCUACCGGUAUCGCUGUAUGUGGCUCCGGAGUAGGCACGUUCAGUUUCGCGCCCUUAGCUGCUCUGUUGCUGAACGAAUUCGGCUCGUGGCAGAAUGCGAACCUGCUGCUCGCCGGGCUGAUCCUCAAUUGCGCUGUGUUUGGCGCGCUGAUGAGGCCCCUUGUAUACCCCAAGACAUCGGGUGAAAAGCCACUUCUGCAGCGUAUGGCCGAAGAAAAAAGGUUGCAGAUGGAAAGGGGCUCCAUCGGCGGAUCGUACUUCGUGGUGCAGUUGCCAGACGGCACCAUGGAGAAGAGGUUGAAGGCGCCGCUGAACGUGGACCCGGGCGUGCACUCGUCGCUGAACCUGGAGGCGCUGGCGCGCGUGCCCACCGCGCCGUCCAUGCACGCCGUGCCCACCGCGCCCGCGCUGCCCACCAUCGCCGAGGCGCACGUCACGCACGUCGCGCCGCGCAAGACAUCGGGUGAAAAGCCACUUCUGCAGCGUAUGGCCGAAGAAAAAAGGUUGCAGAUGGAAAGGGGCUCCAUCGGCGGAUCGUACUUCGUGGUGCAGUUGCCAGACGGCACCAUGGAGAAGAGGUUGAAGGCGCCGCUGAACGUGGACCCGGGCGUGCACUCGUCGCUGAACCUGGAGGCGCUGGCGCGCGUGCCCACCGCGCCGUCCAUGCACGCCGUGCCCACCGCGCCCGCGCUGCCCACCAUCGCCGAGGCGCACGUCACGCACGUCGCGCCGCGCAAGAGCGAGAACAACGGCAACGUGAUAGUGAACCCGGUGCAGCAGACGCAGCAGCACAUGUCGCGCAACGUGUCGUCGCCCGCGUUCAGUGCGCAGGCGCCGGGGCUGCCCAAGAACGGCUCGGUGCCGUUCUUCGACCGCCAGCGCAAGCAGAGCACCGGAGACAGAUUCAAACCGUCCCUAGCCGCAAUCAAAGCAACAUCCAAAACCUCUGUCAAUAGUCAAUACCGAAAUGCACCCGAUGGUGACACGGAAAGCCAAAUGUACACGUCAAAACUAUCAGUAUCGGGCGGGCGGGAGCCCUCGCGCAUGGUCCGGCCGAUGUCCAGGAAGGACAUCUUCUACUCGGGCUCCGUCCUCAACCUGCCGCAGUACCAGAGCCAGAAGUCGCUGCAGGGCUACAGGAACUCGGUCCUCAGCCUGCCUCAGAGCAGACAGACGGGUGACUUGGAGAGACAAGAACAAUACGACCUAUGCCCGUGCCUGCACCUGCCCAACUCGUUCAAGUCUGCGUUGUCGUCGAUGUUGGACGUGAGUCUGCUGCGCGACCCUGCCUUCAUGCUCAUCGGCGUCUCCAACGUCUUCGGAAUGGCCGGCCUCUACGUACCAUUCGUGUAUAUCGUCGAUGCGGCUCGACUCAAUGGCGUAGAAGGGUCGCAAGCAUCAUUCCUGUUGUCGAUCAUCGGUAUAACGAACACGUUCGGCCGUAUCAUCUGCGGAUGGGUCGCCGACUUCCCCUGGAUGGACUCGCUGUUGCUCAAUAACGUGUGCCUGGUCGUAGCUACGAUUUCUGUGGGCGUCACGCCAUUCUGCUAUUCCUAUGGUGCUUAUGUCGCGGUCGCCAUAGCAUUUGGAAUAGCUAUUUCCGGCUACAUCUCGCUGACGUCCAUCAUCCUGGUGGACCUGCUGGGGCUGGAGAAGCUGACGAACGCGUUCGGGCUGCUGAUCCUGUUCCGCGGCGCGGCGGCCAUGGUGGGGUCGCCGCUGGCGGGCGCGGUGUACGACGCCACGCACAACUACGACGCCUCCUUCUACAUGGCGGCCGCAUUCUUCCUCGCCGCCACGCUUACUUCCUUCGCCGCGCCGCUGUUCCGCAGGAAGCCUGAGGAAGUGGUGCAGCCGGCGGACGUGCUGUCGCCCAUCGACGAGGACCUGGAGGAGGGCGAGGAGGAGGACCCGGACGACACGCCCAUCACCAUGGGGGCGGCGCUGUCGGCGCGCGCGCCCGCCAUCACGCGCACCGCCGCCUCGCCCGACGACGCGCCCGACGACGCGCCCGACGACGCGCCCGAGCCGCAGCGCGAGAGCGUGCUGUGAACACCACCCCCACCACACCACACCACCUCCACACCACACACCUCGCGUGAGCCGACAGGGGGGACAUAGAUAACGCUUGCUGACGAUGGAACCUAAUUAAACAACUUCAUUUUGUAAUAUACGCUACAAUCAACAAUUUUAACGAGAUUUAAAGACACCAAGGCUUAUUUUUUUAUUAAACUUGACAGCGUUAUCGAAUGUUAUAUGGAAUCGCUGUCCGGCGAUCGGGACUCAUCCAAGUCCCCUAAUUACUUGUCGAAAAAAUUUCCAUCGGUUUCCGUCCGAUUCGAGAGAUGACGCCGCGAUGAGGCCGACUUGAGCGCAUCAUUUUGAUGUGUUACAAUGCGGUUCAAUCGUAGUGCGGUAUAUCCUGUUUUUUACAUUUUAAAUAAAAAAAAAUACGAGUAUUUCUGGUUGCGGCGCGAUACCAUUUCCGAUUAUAAUGAAUCGGCCUCCUGCGAUUAAAGCGGUUACGGCCGCGAUGAUUUCGGAAGCCCUAGUCGAAUUCUUCAGUAAUUCUAACUAAUUAUUCGAUCUCAUGUCUAUUGGAGGUUUCGGAUGGGGCUUGUCGGAAUAAUAUAGCUAAUAAAUAAUUCUUGCGAUAGGUACUUCUAGUAUAGCCUAUUAAAAAAGAGUCAAUGACAAAAUGAUUUCAUUUGUAUCGAUAAGUGUACAUUGUUCUAAAUUAUAGAUAAUGAGUCAUUUUGUUAUUGUGAAAAAAAAAAAACUUGCGUGAAAGUGAAAGAGAAGUUACCGUAAUUUAAUGUCGACUUGAAACUGUUAUAUAAACUGGAAUUGACUGAGCAACAAAGCGUCUAUAUUAACUUUUUGUUAAGAAAUAAGAAAGAAUUUCCGAAGGUUCUUUAUUUCAACGUGCCAUAUUACUGUCGUCGUGGUGCUUACGUCAAUAUAUUCGGUGAAUUCAUGUAACGAAAAAUUAAUACUCAAAAUAAUACCGGAGGACGUUUUAUAAGCAAAUAAAAAAUUACAUUAAAAGUACUUACAUCAAGUACUUACCGAAACUUAACUCUCCAUGUCAGAGGCUUAAUUGGUGUUAAUUCAAAAAUGACAAUAAAAUAUUGUUGGAAAUGAAAUGCCUAAACAGUGGAGAAAUAACAGAUUCACAUGUUUCAGUCACUGUAAAUAUUUGCACAAUAAAUUGUAAAUACAUUUCGUGAGUAGUUAGGAAGUUUGAAAGUUUCGACUAUCACUGCUGACUAUCCUUUUUAGUACACUAUUUAAUAUUCCAAGUUCGUGUUUAUGGCGUAAAUUUCAUGAAGGGUACUAAUUACUAAUGUAUUCUAGGAGUUGUUUGGUAAAAUGUGCGGAUUUAACUUAAACAAAUGAGUUUUCAUGUUUCGUGUGAUAUCUAUGAUAAUUGGUAUUACUGUGACUGAAAGGUUAUUAAUCAAGGAUGAAUUAAAAUAUCUUUGAUAACGAUUAUUGGGUGGUCAAACCCCACGAGGCUCCUAAAUCCGCACCUGUUUAGGUAAUGAUUAAUGUAAACAACCGAAUCGUGUAACAAAUUGUGACUGCUGUACUGUAUGAAAUUUAUAUUAUAUUUUUUAUUCGAUUUAUGUCUCCGUAGUGAAACGUCUUUCCACUCGCUAGGGUUUACGAGCUUCGCUUUUGUCUUGACAUUCACUCGAGUUGUCGAGUUUGCACGCAUGUACUACAACUUGUAACACGAUGUGAUUGGUUUUGUAAUAAUUUUUAUAGUGAGGCUCUUAGAUAAGCGCGAUAAAUUCUAAACUUAUUUCCGCUUUAUAACAUUUCCCGUAUAGACUAUGAUGUACGUGUGCCAUCGUGAUGAACAACAUAUUUCUAUGGAAACGUUUGUAAGUGAUAGAGUAAAUGUAACGCAGUCAAUUUUGUGUGCAUCAUUCAGUACCAAAUACUAAUAUUUCAUUGUAUCAACAAGUGUUGGCUGUCACUCGCCACGUUAGUGUAGAUAUGUGCAUAGAGUAACAUACAAUCAAUAUAUUUUUUGUCAUGUAGAUACAUUUUAUGUGUCGAUAAAUUGCAUAAUUUAGCUUUAAGCAUUAGAGUACUUAUGUAUAAGGAUGAGAAACGAUGUAAGGGAAGGUAUUAUGUGAUAAUACGAAAACCGAUAAAAAUAUUAUAUAUUGUUUUUACGACACGUAUUUCGUACAUGUGUUUAUAUUGCAUAAGUGAAUAUUUUGUUUGUAAUAUUUAGAGUAAACUGGGUAUAAAGUUCAAAUUGUACAGAUGUGUAUUGCGAAAUAUUCAGAAAGUAAUGAAUAUAAUGUAACUGUUGUUAUAGCUUUAUGUAAAAACCAAAAGUGUUAUUAUGUUUUUAAGAUUUAAAAAAAUAUAUGAGAGACGAUAAAUGAAGUUAUAACGGGACGCAUUCAAUGUAUCAAUACUAUAUUGUAGGUUUACGAACGUGUCAGAAAAAUUGUGGUUUAUGAGAUGUAAAAGGAAUAAUCGUGAACGUUCGACGGUUAUUUCCUUGGCUAGAGUGUAUUUAAAUCUAGAAAUAAUGAACGUAAUUAGAAAAAAAUGUAUUUCCAACAUGUAAUUAGUUGUCAUAAUUAUAUUAUAUUGUGUACGUCAUACAGUAUUGGCUCAAAGUAUUCAUUAUUAUUUUCUCAAAAUGGUUAUUCACGCGUGGAUUAUGAUUUGUAAUAAAAUUUUAAUUAAAUGAAGUUUUGCAGCAUUCUUAAUAUUACGGUAUUUGACUAGAUGGUGAUGUUUUGGAGAACGCCAAGUCUUGUUAGUGUUAGCUCACGCGCAUAACUCGUGAUAUGUUCUAGAAAAUUAGGUUUACGGCCGAAGUUUGGUUCAGGAUUUUGCUACGAAGAAUGCAAUAUGAUGUUUUAGUGCAAGAAUGCGCGUGGGCAGAAUUAUUUCUACCGACGCCUGUCGAAUGUACCGCACGCAUCGCUUGCGCGUCAGUACAUGAAAAGCUUAUCGUUGAUAAUGUCCACCGAAAACUUUUGUAAAUAACGGAUUCAUUAAAUGACAAUGAUGACUGAGAUGAAAAA